AAGGAAGCCUCAUGUUUGUGGGGCUCGGGCCAGAAGGGGAACAGAAGUCCAGGCAGACCUUUCCGCCAGAGCUGGCCACUUCUGCCUUGGGAAGUGUUUCACAACACCCCGGCUCACUGCGGAUGGGCGAGAGGGUGUGGGCUCACGCCGGCACAUGCACUGGCACCCGGAGAGGGAGCGUGGGCCGAGGAGCUGGCCAGCACGCCACGCACACGCAGCGAGUGCCUGACCUGCCGUCCUCAUGACGAGUGACAGAGGUCCCCGAAGGCUAAGCAGCCCCAGCUAUGGCUCCAUCUCCAGCCCGCCCAGCCCGGGGCCACAGCACGCACCUCCCGGGGAGACCUACCUGAGCGAGAAGAUUUCCAUCCCAGACACAAAGCCGGGCGCGUUCAGCCUGCGGAAGCUGUGGGCCUUCACGGGGCCUGGCUUCCUCAUGAGCAUCGCGUUCCUGGACCCGGGGAACAUCGAGUCGGACCUGCAGGCCGGCGCCCUGGCUGGAUUCAAACUGCUCUGGGUGCUGCUGUGGGCCACGGUGCUGGGCCUGCUCUGCCAGAGGCUUGCUGCCCGGCUGGGUGUGGUGACGGGCAAGGAUCUGGGUGAGAUCUGCCACCUCUACUACCCGAAGGUGCCCCGCACCCUCCUCUGGCUGACCAUCGAGCUGGCCAUCGUGGGCUCGGACAUGCAGGAGGUCAUCGGCACGGCCAUCGCCUUCAGCCUGCUCUCCGCCGGACGGAUCCCGCUCUGGGGCGGCGUCCUCAUCACCAUCGUGGACACCUUCCUCUUCCUCUUCCUGGAUAACUACGGGCUGCGGAAGCUGGAAGCCUUUUUCGGGUUCCUCAUCACCAUCAUGGCCUUGACGUUUGGCUAUGAGUACGUGGUGGCCCGUCCAGCCCAGGGGCCGCUCCUCCGCGGCCUGCUCCUGCCGUCCUGUCCUGGCUGCGGCCAGCCCGAGCUGCUGCAGGCCGUGGGCGUCGUCGGCGCCAUCAUCAUGCCCCACAACAUCUACCUGCACUCGGCCCUGGUCAAGUCUCGAGAGAUAGACCGGAGCCGACGGGCUGACAUCCGAGAAGCCAACAGGUACUUCCUGAUCGAGGCCACCAUCGCCCUGUCUGUCUCCUUCUUCAUCAACCUCUUCGUUGUGGCUGUGUUCGGGCAGGCCUUCUACCGGCGGACCAACGAGGAUGCGUUCAGCGUCUGCGCCAACAGCAGCCUCCAGGCCUACGCCGGCAUCUUCCCCAGGGACAACCACACAGUGGCCGUGGACAUCUACCAGGGGGGCGUGAUCCUGGGCUGCCUGUUCGGGCCCGCGGCGCUGUACAUCUGGGCGGUGGGCCUCCUGGCGGCGGGGCAGAGCUCCACCAUGACCGGCACCUACGCGGGACAGUUCGUGAUGGAGGGCUUCCUGCGGCUGCGCUGGUCCCGCUUCGCCCGCGUCCUGCUCACCCGCUCCUGCGCCGUCCUGCCCGCCGUGCUGGUGGCCGCCUUCCGGGACCGGAGGGACCUGUCCGGCCUCAACGACCUGCUCAACGUGCUGCAGAGCCUGCUGCUCCCCUUCGCGGUGCUGCCCAUCCUCACCUUCACCAGCAUGCCCGCCCUCAUGCAGGAGUUUGCCAACAGCUGGCUCAGCAAGGCCAUCACGUCCGCCAUCAUGACGCUCAUCUGUGCCAUCAACCUCUACUUCGUGGUCAGCUACCUGCCCGGCCUGCCUCACCCCGCCUACUUCGGCCUCGUGGCCCCGCUGGGCGCCGCCUACCUGGGCCUCAUCGCCUACCUGGCCUGGGCCUGCGUCAUUGCCCACGGGGCCUCCCGGCUGGCUCACCGCUCCCACCGCCACUUCCUGUACGGGCUUCCUGAGGCGGAGCAGAAGGGGCAGCCCUCUGGAUGAACUGCCCCGGACCGUCUCAGUGGCCUCAUCUGUAAAAUGGGACAUCGACCUUGCGAUGGAAGGAAAGCACUCGAACACAGUGCUGGCAACGGGACGUUUUAUUUUUUUUAUUUUUAUUAUUUUUAUUUUUUAAUAAAUCUUUAUUGUUCAGAU